AUGGUCAAAACAUCUAUCGACUAUCUCUUCACAGAGAACAAGUCUAUUAAACCCACACGAGAAUGGGCAGACUUACUUCGCAACAACAAAGAGAAAUACGCAAACUGCCGUGUCGUCUCUUUCACACGUGUCAAAGAUCUCAACUCAAACUGGAAGCAUGAAUACCUCCAGUUCAUCGUUGAAGAAACCUCUACCAAAGACCGCGCAAGAGUCUAUGCUGAACGAGGCAACCCAGUUGACCUUGACUGGGUUACCUUUGGCCCAGCUGAGACAAAGGCAACGGGUAGCAGAGAUCAAGAUGACAUGCCUCUUCCUUUGACUUCCUUGGUCUUUGGCGGCGAGUCUGGUGAGGAUGUUGAUAAGAGACCCACAGUACUCGAGCUGGCCGAGAUCUUGGCGGCUACUACUCUUAUUGGUGGCGAGUACCAGUUUUAUGGUCACAGCUGCUUUUGGUACGCCUAUACUGCUUAUGAUGCUGCAAAGAGGCAGUUCGGCAAGUGGGCAAAGGAGAAGAAGUGGCGAUGGGGAGAUAUUGGUGGCGCUGGAAACGCUGGUAUCAAAGAUGCCAUUGGCUUGGGGUGGUCUACUCUCUUCAAGUUCUACUAUGUAGGCGAUGCCAAGAAGUUCAAGGCUGAGAGAGAGACAAACCUUACAUGGUUCGGAGAUAUGCGCCCAAUUGUUGACGAUUUAUAUAUCGUUGAACAAGUCAGUGCAUUCUUGGAGAAGCCUGAGAACCAAGGUCAUUUCAUCGAGGCGAUGAAGGUUGAGGGAUUCGAAGUGACUGAGGAUGAGCUCAAGCAACGUCUGCAAACAAGUCAAUCUCUCGCCCAGAAGCAAUCCGAACCAGAUGCCAACUGGACAAAGGAGUUCAACCAGCUCAAGAAGGAUCUUAUUGACCGAACCAAGAGUGACGCGGAUGCUCAGAAGUACCUUGAGUUAUAUCAGAGCUACGACGUACCCUUUGAGAUGAACGAAGUUACGGCUGAAGGCGCUGGUAACUUUGAGACCAAGAAGGCUCUCGAAGUUACAGUGGGACGUGUUUUGGAUGAGGCUUUGAAGCACCAGUCAUCUCAAGAUUGA